ACAUGAAGAAAAGGAGGUGCAAAAAGGCAUGGAAAGCUAAAACACCAGCUGAAAUCUGUCAGUAUUUAGAAAGCUAUCCUGCCCCUAUCAGUGCAAAUUAAUAUCAGCUGGUUUAGUCCUAAUUGAUGGCCUACAAAAAGGUUUUUCAUUACCAAGGUGUCACACAAGAAGCAUCUCAUGAUGGGUAAAAGCAAAGAGCUCUCUCAAGACCUUUUCAACCUUAUUGUUGCAAAACAUACUGAUGGUAUUGGUUACAGACGUAUUUCUAAACUUCUGAAUGUUCCAGUGAGCACCGUUGGGGCCAUUAUCCGGAAGUGGAAAGAACAUAAUUUCACCAUAAACCAGCCACGACCAGGUGCUCCUCGUAAGAUUUCUGUCAGAGGAGUCAAAAGAAUAAUCAGAUGAGUUGUCCAAGAGCCAAGGACCACUCGCGGAGAGCUUCAGAAAGACCUGGAAUUAGCAGAUAUAUCGACAUGGAGACCGUUCUCCAGUCAAAGGCUAUCCAACAGACCCACACCCGGAGAGUGCAUGGCCACAGGGAUUUGGACAGCUUUCACAGGAGGGUAUGAAGGAGCACUUUGAGCUGGGCAAGUUUUUGCGAAAACAUUACACAGGUUUCCUCAGUAAGAACUAUAAACGAUCUGAGAUUACUGUUCGGAGCACAGAUCAUGAUCGCACACUGAUGAGUGCUGCCUCAAAUCUUGCUGGUCUUUACCCACCCAGUGUUUCACAGAGGUUUUAUUUUUGCUUAGAAUGGCAGCCUAUACCAAUACACACUGUUCCCCUGAAAGAUGACCGGCUGCUCUCAUUUCCUUUGCUAAACUGUCCUCUCUACCAGUCACUUAUACAUGAGACAAAGAUAACUAAGGCCUUUCUUAACAUGACUGAGAUGUACAAAGAUUUCAUGGAGAUGGUGCAAAAAAACACAGGGCUGGAUUUACCUUCCAUUGAGACAGUGUGGAGUGUGUAUGACACACUAUUCUGUGAGAAGAAACAUGGUAUGCGCCUUCCAGACUGGGUGACUUCUGACGUCAUGAAGAAACUAAAGGUGCUAAAUAACUUUAGCUUUCAGUUCAUGUUUGGCCUCCAUAAACGAAAGGAGAAAUGUCGGUUACAAGGAGGUCUUCUACUGGAUCAGAUUAUUAAAAACAUGACAGCUGUUGCAAAUUCAACUGAGCAUGUAAAGAUGAUAAUGUAUUCAACGCAUGACACAACCAUCGUAGCUCUGCAGGAAGCACUUAAUGUGUAUAAUGGAUUGCAACCACCAUAUGCCUCCUGUCACAUUUUUGAACUAAACCAGCAUGACAAUGGGUCAUUCUUUGUUGAGAUGUUUUAUCGUAAUGACAGGUCUAUGGCUAAGCUUUUAACUUUACCUGGCUGUGCCCAACAGUGCCCUUUAGAGAAGUUCAUUAAACUUACACACUCAGUCAUUCCAACAGACUGGCACAAGGAAUGCCAACUCAGCGCCUCUUCCAGCGACAACGAUAAACCUACACACCCAUUUUAGCCUGCGGGACGAGCUGCGCUUGUUGUUAAGAAACAAGACAAGAAUACUGAUUAAAACAUGUGUUUCUUUCGUGUAGCUAAGAAGUAAAACCGAAUUAUCUGAGAAUGCAGUUCUGAAGGUUGUUUUGGCUGGUUUUGUUCUUGUUGAUCAAAACUGUCCUUCUCUCUAAAACUUUUCGCAUGUACUUUAGCCUUCACACACACACACAUUUACACACACACACACACACACACACACACAUUUACACACACACACACACAUUUACACACACACACACACACACACACACAUUUACACACUCUCUCUUCUCUUUCUCUCACACACACACAUUUUUCUGGUCUUUAUAAAAACUCUGUUUUCUUUCAAUAAACUAAGGCAUUCAUACUUUGA